GUAAAUGCGUCAGUUGUUAUCUGGUAUGGAGCAUUGUCAUAGUCGCGGUGUGCUUCAUCGUGACAUCAAAGGAUCGAAUCUUCUUAUUGACGACGGUGGGGUCCUCAAGAUUGCUGAUUUUGGACUGGCGACUAUUUUUGAUCCUAAUCACAAGCGGCCCAUGACUAGCCGAGUGGUCACGGUCACGCUGUGGUACCGAGCUCCGGAGCUUCUUCUUGGGGCCACUGAUUAUGGUGUUGGUAUUGAUCUUUGGAGCGCCGGCUGUAUUUUAGCUGAGCUUUUGGCCGGAAGACCUAUUAUGCCUGGUCGAACAGAGGUGGAACAACUCCAUAAGAUUUACAAGCUAUGUGGUUCACCGUCAGAGGAUUACUGGAAAAAAGGAAAAUUUACACACGGAGCGAUAUACAAACCACGUGAACCAUACAAAAGAUGCAUUAGAGAGACGUUUAAAGAUUUUCCAGCGUCAUCUCUUCCUCUCAUUGACUCCCUUCUUUCAAUUGAACCAGAGAACCGCCGAACUGCAACUGCUGCUUUAGAAAGUGAAUUCUUUACAAGCGACCCGUAUGCAUGUGAACCUACUGAUCUCCCAAAGUAUCCACCGAGUAAAGAAAUGGAUGCAAAGCGACGAGAUGAAGAAACUCGGAGACAAAGAGCUGCUAGUAAAGCCCAAGGAGAUGGUGCAAGGAAGAAUAGGCACAGAGAGCGUUCAAAUAGAGCACUUCCAGCUCCAGAAGCUAAUGCAGAACUUCAGUCAAAUGUCGAUAGGAGGAGAUUAAUCACACACGCAAACGCAAAAAGCAAGAGCGAGAAGUUUCCGCCACCACACCAGGACGGUGGAGCAAUGGGGGUACCAUUGGGAGCCUCGCAGCACAUAGACCCGACGUUCGUCCCACCAGACAUGGCGUCAUCCUUCACUUCCACUUCUUUCAAUUUUUCGAAAGAUGAACCGCCAACACAAGUUCAGACCUGGUCAGGUCCUCUGGGUCAUCCCAUCACAGGCAUUUCAAGAAGGAAGAAAGAUAGUACCAAAAGCAGCAAAGGGAAGAGAGCAGUGGUGGCUUGAGCCAGAAAAAUAUAAUUGCAAAUGCUCUCUUUCAUCCAUUUAUAACAAUGUAAGUGGUAACUUUAUUAUUCUUUGUUGCUUCUUGAAAAGAAAGUGUUUUAUUCUUUUCAAAUUUGCGUAGACUUGUCAUGUGUUUAUAAUUAUUAUGACGUUAUAUUAUGUAAUAUACACUACCUUUUUGUUGCUAUUAUAUUAAAUAUAUCUGUUCGAAUUA